UUCGCGAGGUUGCACCAAGAAACAAAUAAAUAAAAUAAAAAUGAAGAUAAGAAACGUGACAAAAAUAUUUUCAUAUAAUUUGGGUGGACAUUUCAUCUCCACGCACUAAUUCAGUUUCAGCAAUGUCUUCUUCUUCUCUUCCUCUCCUCCCUUUAUUUUCUCUAAUCUCUCUCUUCUCUCUCUCAUCCGCCUACACCACCACCCUCUCCCUCUCCCCCACCGCGGAAGCGCCGCCACACGCGAAUCCAUGGCAGAGGCUAGCCCACCUCGCAAGCGCUUCCUUCAGCCGGGCCCACCACCUGAAGCAGCCGAAGAGCAACCUCUCCGCCAGCAGAGUCCCCCUCUUCCCCCGCGGCUACGGCGGCUACUCCAUCUCCCUGAGCUUCGGCACGCCGCCUCAGACCUCCUCCUUCAUCAUGGACACCGGCAGCAGCCUCCUCUGGUUCCCAUGCACGCAACGCUACUCCUGCAAUUCCUGCAACUUCGCCGACAUCGACCCGGCCAACAUCACUACAUUCAUCCCCAAAUCUUCAUCCACCGCCAAAAUCGUCGGCUGCAAGAACCCUAAAUGCAAAUGGAUCUUCCCCAAUGUCCGCUGCCGAGAAUGCGACAAAAGCUGCAACCAAGCAUGCCCGCCCUACAUAAUCCAAUACGGCUCCGGCUCAACCACCGGCUUACUCUUGUCGGAUUCAUUAGUCCUUCCGGAUCAAAAGGUCGAGAAUUUCGUCGUCGGCUGCUCGAUUUUUUCCAACCGGCAGCCGGCCGGCAUUGCCGGUUUCGGCCGCGGACCGGAAUCGCUGCCGGCUCAGAUGAAGCUCAAGUUGUUCUCCUACUGCCUUGUCUCCCACCGGUUCGACGGAAAACCGGUCAGCAGCGAUUUAGUCCUCGACAGCGGCGGCGGCGCUGCCGGAGGCGGCGGAAUCAAGUACACUCCGUUCCGGAAGAAUCCGGCGUCGUCGAACGCCGCGUUUCAGGAUUACUACUACGUGACGCUGCGGAAGAUCACGGUCGGCGGGGUGAAAGUGAAAGCGCCGUACAAGUUUCUGGUGCCGGAUUCCGACGGGAGAGGCGGCACGAUCGUGGACUCCGGCACCACCUUCACCUACAUGGAGAAGGAGGUGUUCUCAGUGGUGGCGGAGGAGUUUGAGAAGCAGAUUGGGAAGAAUUAUAGCCGGGCCGCCGCCGUGGAGAAGGAGUCCGGGCUCCGGCCCUGUUACAAUAUCUCCGGCGAGAAGACCGUGGAUUUGCCUCGGUUGACCUUCCAUUUCAAGGGCGGCGCGAAGAUGGCGCUGCCGCUGGCGGAUUACUUCUCGUUUGUGGAUGAAUCGGUGAUUUGCAUCACUAUUGUUUCAAGCAGUGGGAUGGAGGAUGGGAUCGGGCCGGGCCCUGCAAUAAUUUUGGGUAAUUAUCAACAGCAGAAUUUCUACUUAGAGUAUGAUUUGGAGAAUGAGAGGCUUGGAUUUCGGAGCCAACGCUGCAAAUGAGGUGACGUUAUUAUCUUUUUUUUUUUUAUUCGAGUUUUUUAAUUGACAAAUAAAUCAAGAAAAAUAAAUGUUAAUUACACGACGUCCAAACUCUAAUCCACAUUGUAUUAACAUAAAAACUUAGGGCUCAAUCUGUAUCUUUUUUCUUGUCUCAAUUUAAAAAACUCUGAUGGAUGGAUUAUGGAUACAUCAUGAAUUAUUGUUAGCUGACAAGUUUAAUUUGUACCUUCUUUAUUGUUCCAGUUAAUCUAAUAUUACAAGAACUUAAUAUA